AGGGGCGGCGUCUAGUCAGUUAGUUUAGCGGUGGUCUUCCUUGGACAGUUAGUAGCACCACUUCACACUAAAAGCGCGUGAGUGUGAGAGUGCGAAUCACGUUGCUCUUCCUCCUCUGCUUCUCUAACAGCAACAACAACUACUACUAAACCACCACCCACCAUAACACAACUCUCUCUCCGAAUGGCAAGCCGGCCAGCACCAGAGCAUGUGGUCAUGGAGAUCGAAUCCUCCUCCUCCACCACCACCACCACCACCACCACCACCACCAGGCCUGCCCCUGGUCUCAGCCCUCUCAGCGAGAGCCUCUGGAAAGAGGCGGAUGUUACCGGGGACAUCUCUGCCAGGCUCACUUGGAAGGACCUCACCGUGACAGUGGCUCUUCCAAAAGGAGGAGGGUCUCACAAGGUGCUGGACGGCCUCACGGGGUAUGCAGAGCCAGGCAGCCUCAUGGCCCUCAUGGGCCCUUCCGGCUCUGGCAAGUCCACCCUGCUCGAUGCCCUCUCCGGUCGCCUGGCUUCCAACGCAUUCCUGUCCGGCACUGUCCUGCUCAACGGCCGCAAGAGGAACCUCUCCUUCGGCACUGCUGCAUAUGUAACUCAGGAUGACAAUCUUAUAGGCACACUGACGGUGAGGGAGACAAUAAUGUACUCAGCUCGCCUCCGACUCCCGAACAGGAUGCCCUGGUCGGAUAAGCAGGCCCUCGUGGAGAGCACCAUAAUUGAGAUGGGUCUCCAGGACUGCGCCAACACUGUGAUCGGGAACUGGCAUUUGCGUGGGAUCAGCGGAGGAGAGAAGAGGAGAGUGAGCAUAGCGCUUGAGAUCCUCAUGAGGCCUAGAUUGCUCUUCCUUGAUGAACCCACUAGCGGCCUCGACAGUGCCUCAGCCUUCUUCGUCACCCAGACACUGCGCAGCUUGGCGAGGGAUGGACGCACGGUGUUGACGUCCAUUCACCAGCCCAGCAGUGAGGUCUUUGAGCUCUUUGAUCGUCUCUGCUUGCUCUCUGGAGGCAAGACUCUUUACUUUGGGCAAGUCCCAGAAGCAUGUGAGUUUUUUGCACAAGCAGGGUUCCCUUGCCCAUCUCUGAGAAACCCAUCCGAUCACUUCCUGAGGUGCAUAAACUCUGAUUUUGAUAAGGUGAAGGCAACUCUCAAGGGAUCCAUGAAACUUAGGUUGGAAAGGUCAGAUGAUCCUCUAGAGAAAAUAACCACAAUCGAGGCCAUCAGGGUUUUGCUCGAUCAUUACAAUUCUUCGCAACAGUAUUAUGGAACAAAUCAGCGAGUGGAACAGAUAUCAAAAGUCAAAGGGACUGUGUUGGAAUCCGGAGGCAGCCAGGCUAGUUUUCUAAGGCAAACUGCCGUUUUGACAAAGCGAUCAUUCGUAAAUAUGUCGAGGGAUUUUGGUUAUUACUGGCUGAGACUUGUUAUCUAUAUUGUAGUCACUAUAUGCAUAGGAACCAUCUACUUGAAUGUGGGCACCAGUUACACUUCCAUUCUGGCCAGAGGUGCAUGUGCUUCUUUUGUUUUUGGCUUCGUGACCUUCAUGUCAAUUGGGGGAUUCCCUUCUUUUGUUGAAGAUAUGAAGGUGUUUCAGAGAGAGAGGCUGAACGGACACUAUGGGGUGGUUGCAUUUGUCAUAAGCAACACCCUCUCUGCAAUGCCAUUCCUGAUCAUGAUCACCUUCAUAUCCGGAACCAUUUGCUACUUCAUGGUCCGGCUUCAUCCUGGUUUCAUCCAUUACGUCUUCUUUGUUAUGUGUCUUUAUGCUAGUGUCACAGUGGUUGAAAGCUUGAUGAUGGCUAUAGCAAGUGUGAUACCCAAUUUCCUUAUGGGUAUCAUUAUUGGAGCCGGAAUACAGGGAAUUUUUAUGCUGGUCUCUGGUUACUUCAGGCUUCCAAAUGACAUCCCAAAGCCAUUCUGGAGAUAUCCCAUGUCUUAUAUCAGUUUUCAUUACUGGGCACUUCAGGGCCAAUAUCAGAAUGAUCUGAGGGGUCUGUACUUUGACAAUCAGUCGCCUGAUCUCCCAAAGAUCAGUGGGGAGUACAUAUUAGAGUAUGUGUUUCAGAUAAAUGUGAAUAGGUCCAAGUGGAUCGAUCUUAGUGUGCUCUUCAGCAUGAUCAUCAUAUACCGAAUCAUAUUUUUCAUUAUGAUAAAGAUCAGUGAGGAUGUGACUCCAUGGGUCCGAGGGUUCAUAGCAAGAAGGAGACUGCAGCAGAAGACCACCAAAGGCAAUAGCACUACCACAGUGAAUCCAGAUCGUCUUUAUCAGUCUCCAUCUCUCAAGUCCUAUGCAACCACCGCCCAUCUAGGCCACGGGCAAUAGGAAAGAAACAACGACCCAAGGGGCAGUUUUCAUGGAGAGAGAGGGUUUUCACCCUUCUGAAGGAAGGUGUUAAUUGAAUUACAUACAUGGUCAGAGUCAUGGAGCCGAGCAUUGGGGUGCCACCACACACUCUCUGCAAUUACACCCCCCCAUAUAUAUAUAUAAACGUUUACAUUGUUAUAUUGAUUGAUAUAUGGAAAGACAUUGAUAUAUACCCAUCAUUGAGAGGAGGCCAGCCAGCUGCCGCUGGCCUCUCCUACCAUAUUUGUCUAUUUGUUUUGGCCCGUUUUUAAUGCGUAGGCCCAGUAAAUGGACAUGAAAUGAACCACCACCUCCCCAUUCAUCACUUUUCUCA